GAGUUAGCUAAAAAUUUUCAGGUGUUGUAUAAUCGCUUCGGAAUUGCAUCAAACCUUCAGAGCGAUUUUCAAGGAAAGGCCCGCGAAGGAACCUUUCUAAAAUAUCAAGCUUCAAUAUGCGGUAAUGGACAGACGUUCGUUUGAAAUCGCUGUCAUCACAAGUUGUAAAGCUUCCCCUCGAUUUGAUCCUCCACUCUGUGACGCCUACAGGUACCGGUAACGCAUGAUGUCUGCUUCCAGCGCAUUUGCUCCUCUCAUUCUAAAACGUUCAAGAAUUCUUCCUUCCUUCUCGUGUAUUCGCUUACGAUUGAAUUUAUGCAGUAAGUGCUUUUACAAGACAAAUGGUGGGAAUUUUAAAUUCGAAAAUCGAACUUUCAGAAGUUUGAAAAGCCGAGAAACACUUAAAAUAUUCCCAUGCAGAAUGUUGGCAGGCUCUGUGCGAACUUUUUCUAGCGAAGAUCAAGGCGAUAAAGCGAAGGUUGUUGAGAAAGAAAGUGAGAAGAAAAAGCAACUGAAGAGUGAUGAUCUCCUCCGGAUUCUGUCGUUGGCCAAACCAGAAUACAAGAGCCUUGCAGGUACAUGUAAAUUUGUACUGUUUUUUUCCCAUAGAGAGUUUGAAAUGCGUGACUUGAUUGGUGGAAAAAUUAAUUAUCCUCAAUGUUUUCUCAGGGUGGAUUUUAAGAAUUGCAUUCAACAAGUCUGAGUUAAAUGGUUCACAUCUAGAGUGAUCAUUUGGUUGAAGACAAUCCUGAAUCAAAGAGAAAUUAAAUUAUAAGUUAACUUUUACUCAGGUUGCUAAAACCUCAAGUACCAAGAUCAAUCUUUUGUAGGACUUCUCACAGCAAAAUAAUGUUUUGAUUCAUGACCAUAGAGCUGCCAACACCUCACGCUAAAUUAACAUUUUUGCGAGAUCCUACUUAACAAAAAAAACAGCAUAGAAUGAGUUUAGUUGAGAGAGGUGUGUUUUUAUUUGAAGAAUGUCAGAGAGGAGAUAGCACUUAAAGAGUGUAUUAAAUCACUCUGUCUCUCCCCCUCCUGCCAGAACCUUUUAACUCCCAGAAGUGAUUAACAAGAAACUUCUCUUUAUAAUGUCCAGAAAUUUACCAGCAAAUAGGUAAUGUAAAUGUUCAAACUUAUCAGGUAGAACUUGCGAUCUUGAUCUAACACUAAAUUCUCAUAAACUAAUUUACUUUUUCCUAUUAUUAUUAUUAUUAUUAUUAUUAUUAGUAUUAUUAUUAAAAUCACAACUAGCAGGUAAUAGCUGAAUUACUUGUGCAAUAUACAUAAUUUAAAAAAGCAUGUAUUACAAAAAACAUAAAUCGUAUAAUAAUAAAUUUCAAACAUAAACAAUUGAAAAUAUUAACAAUAACAGCUCUUUUGCUGCAUAGCACUUUAUGAAGAAAUUUUGAAACCUUUUUGAUUUUGAUACCAGGCAUAGCAAUAAAAUUUGCUUAUUUCUUAGGUUGUACUGAGAGACAUUAUUCUGCGUAGGUAGCAGGUCAGUUAGUUUAUGCUUUGAUGUGAUUGAAUAGACUUGCACAUAAUUCUUCUUGCCUAUCAAAAAUGUUUUCAGAUUUGCAUCUUCUAGUGCUUUUCUGUGCAGCGUGUCUGGAUAAAUGAUCCUUAAAACUUACUUUGAACCCUCUCAAUUUGAUCAGACAAGUAGACUGGUAAGCUAGAAUGGAAAGUUUGAGAGGCAUAAUCUAAGACAGAAUGAAUACAUGCGCAGUAGAAGUGAAUUAGAGAUAUGCAGUCAAUACCAGCAUGCUUAAGUUGCUUAAGCAAAUAGAUUUGCUGAGAUCCUUUCACAGUACUAUUAUCUACAUGAUUGUUCCACUUUAGGUCACCCCUUAUAGUAAUGCCUAUCACUUUUGCUGAAUUAAUGGUUUCUAAGGAAUUGCCAUUGGCCUCAAUUAGAGUGACCUCAUUUGGUUUCCUUCAAAAGUCUGUAUGGAGUUCCUUGCACACUAACAAGUUCAGCUUGAAUUUGUUGUUGUUUGACCACUGAGGGACAUGAUCCACUGUGUCUUGGAUCUCUGUUGCACCUUUGUUGUACAAGGGGAUGUGUAGCAGCUAAAGGGGAGAAUUAACAAUCACAUCUUGGAAGUUGAAGGGUCAAUAAUUUUCUGAAAACAGGGAAGGCGGGUUAGAAAAACAAUGUGCUUAUUACGCUUAUGUGUCUGUUAAAAGCUGAUUUGAAGUAACAGUGAAAUCUGAAAGACUUGGUCAAACAAAACCUUAUAGUAACCUUUAAGCAGAGGAAAUUGGAGAUAGCAACUGCCAAUUAACCCCCCUUUUGGAGAAACCUAAAACUGAAUAAGCUGAUUUGUGGGUUAGGUGGAAUGGCAAAUAUCAUGUUCAAUUGUCAGUAUAUGGGCACAAAAGGAGGAAAGAGACUUUUUAGUCCAAGGUUGACAGGAAAGUCAUGUUAUGGAGCUCCCUCGGAGUCCAUAAUCUGAAGGGAAACACUCCAGUCAUAAGAAUUUUGUAUUUAAAACUCAAAUAAAUCAGAUUGAAUUGAAGUAUCUUUUCUUUUAUUAUUGACAUGUAAGGCAAUAUUUCAAGUCGAUAAUUUGAUCAGACUGUACUGGCAUAUGACAAUAAAUCAGUCAGUCAGUCAAUUGGUCUGUUACGGAAGCAGUUAAUCAGUCAGUCAGGUAUGGCAUUGGUAACUGUCAUUCAAUCCUUAUUGAGCUAUGACAUUGAUUCUGUAACAUUCAAACUAUGGCAAUCCAAACUGUAACUUACAGUUAGAUUACUCUGACUUCUUUCCACAGGAGCCAUAGGCCUUUUGUUUAUAUCUUCAGCAGUUACUAUGUCUGUUCCAUUUUGUAUGGGAAAGAUCAUUGACAUUAUUUACAGUACAAGCCAGGAUACAAGGCAAAUGGUUGAAACAUUAUCCUAUGUCUGCAAAAUCCUUUGCGGUGUGUUUGUUUUGGGCGGGGCAGCCAAUUUUGGAAGAGUUUACUUAAUUCAAGUGUCUGGUGAGGAAAGAAAUGUAUUUUCUGUCCAUCUUAGGCUGUACAGCCUUAGGUAUCACUAAUUAAAAGUUUCUGUAAAGUUACCUAUUAAAUUAAAACCAUUCCCAUAUUUUUUCUAAAUACAGCUGUGAUGUUUUCCUUCUGUGAAGGCAGUCAAUAUAACCCUUUUGUUUCUAUUGAAAAGAACAGAGUAAAAUGAGGUUCUUUCAUUUUAUUCAUGUUAAAUUUUUUCCUAUAUUUUUGUCUUUCAGUCUUUACUUGUGCAUUUUGCUUUUGUGUAAUCUGAAGGAUUGUCUUUAUUUAUAACAAUAAACAUGUUUUUAAUGGCCUUUACCUUCAGUAGCACCUAAGCACUGCUUAGGCUUAAGCUCUGUGCACUUUAUUUCUAGGGCAGAAAGUUAUCAAGCGGCUGCGUGAAAGACUCUUUAGAGCCAUACUGAGACAAGAAACAGCCUUUUUUGACAGAACAAGAACUGGAGAACUGAUUAAUCGCCUGUCAGCAGAUACCAUCCUUGUAGGAAAGGCUGUGACAGACAAUGUGUCUGAUGGUUUACGAGCUGUGGCUCAGUCAGUUGCUGGUGUGUCAAUGAUGGUGAGUUUGAUGGUAAAGGUUACUUUACCUGACACAUGCAGUACAGCCCUUGCAAAUUUUUUUCUUUGGUUUAUUUGUAAAGAAGUGGAAAAUCUAACAUCAAAUUAGAGAUAGAUAGAUAGUUUAUUAUCAAAUAAAAUACAUUGCAGCCAUAGGCUGAAUUGCGUGCUUUUCACAAUCAUUGAUUAUAUAAGACUAUAUAAGACUACCUAUUACAAAAAUGCUAAGACCUAAAUAAAAUUACUAAUAUAACUAAUAUAGUUAAUAUACAGCAGUGGAAUAGCUAAAAAUCUAGGUUAGCACAGGCGCACAUAGCCGGGAUAAAUGAAAAUUUAAAACGGUCAGUGUGAAAGCGCAGCAUGUUAAAAACGCGCCGGUGUCUAGUAUUGUAGGCUGAAAAAUGCCUAUCUGGCAGCAAAUUAUAUAAUUUGUGAGAUGGAUUUGAGACAGACAAAAACAGAUCCGUACAUAAUUUCAUGCGUCUGUCAUAGAGCGAAGCUAAACCGUGCCUGUCUAAAGAGUCAUGGUAUGACAGUUCUGGUGAAAUGAUGGAUAAUGCGCAUCUUUGGACCUGGCGUCUUUGGAAUUAGUAUUCGAUUAGUCAGUUAACUGUUGCUAAUUAAAAAAUUUGCCAUCCUCACUCUAUAUUCAGUAAUCAUUUUGGUAGAACUUGAGCCAGACUAAUUGUUAUGGAACUAUCAAAAUAAAAAUUACAGUAACUUAAACUGUCAUUUUCAUGAAACUUUACGAAUCAUUUUGAACUUGGAAUUGUGUGACCCUUUAAUCUCUAAGAGUGACAAGAUUCUAAUUUCUCUUCUCAAUCUAUCCCUUGACUCAAAUGUUUAAGUCACGAAAAUAAAGGAAAUGAUCAGCAACUUAAGAGGCUCUUGAUGGUUUUACAAAUUCUCCUUUUUAGAACCUAGGAAAUGUGUAGAGAACAGUAUGGAGAAUAUGCAUAAUGAUGUUGGGUGUAAAGGGUUAAUGGUGGCCUUGUUAUGUCUCAAUUUUUUAUUGCUACAUUAUUUGUUUUUCAUUUUUUAGUUUUAUGUGUCUCCCAAGUUAGCCAGCAUCGUCCUUGGUAUUGUGCCGCCAGUAGCUAUUGCCAUUAUCAUGUAUGGACGUUAUCUGCGUAACAUCACAAAGAGAACUCAAGAUUCUUUAGCAGAAUCUACUCAAGUAAGAUGGACUUCAGAAUACAAUUUGAUGAAUGCAUUGAAUUGUGUAUUAACCCUUUAAUUCCCAUGAGUGACCAAGAGAGAAUUUCUCCUUACAGUGUCAAUGUAAUAUCAAGCAGACAAGUGAUGAGAAUAAUUAACAAUUGGUUCAUGCUUUAAGCUGUGCACUAUCGAGUUAUGGAACACGUAGGAAGUUUGGAGAGCACAAAAGAAGUGUAAGAGUUGCCUGAGGCAAUAGCUGAGGGCAACUCUAGCUUCUUGAGUGCUCUCCAAACUUCCCACGUGCUCCAUACACUAUGAACUCAAAACCCAUGAAAAUCUUGUGAAAUAAUUCAUUGUAAAUUCACAGAUUUUUCACAGGAUUUUCAUGGUUAAAUCAAUGACAUUUUCAUGGUCCCAGUGCCAUGAAAAAGACCUGAAAAAUCCCAUGAAAAACCUGUGAAAAUUUCCAUAUUCACGACCCAUGAAAUAUUGAGUAAAGUGACCUAGAAGCCAUGAAAUACCCAUGAAAAUGGCAUUUCAUGGCCUUUUCAAAGGUACUGAGAAACCCAUGAAUUUCAAGCCCAAAAUUUCAUGGUGUCAAAGUUCACUAGUUUUUAAUGGGUUGCAGCAAAUCAUGACCCAUGAAUAUCCUGUGAAUAUGUAAAAAAUUCAUAGACCAUGAAAAUUUUCCUUGAAUUUUCAUGGCCUCUACAUGGUUUUUUCAUGGCACAUGAAAGUUAAUUGCCAGUUGCUUGACUAAUCUGUUCAGCUGCCGGUUGAUAUGGUUUGCUAUCACCCUCACUGAGAAGCGAGGUAACUUCCUGUAGAAGUUUAAUUGCUUUAGCACUUUUGCAUUCGUUUCGAUUUUCUUGGUUUUUUUUUCUGGUUUCCUCUUCCACGUUUGUUGUCCGCCAUGUUCGACAGAACAGUACACGAACACUGGUAAUAAUUAGAAUAAAUUAUAGAGAGCGCGGGAAAUGUUUCUCGCCCCGGGACUCCUCGUGAAUUUCUUAUCGUGAGGCUACCAGUCUACUUGCGAACAUAAUUCGAGGGAGCGUUCGAACAUAAUUGGAAUAAAACAAAAUUGGAAUAAACUCAAAAAAAACUGCCAGCCUAGUUAUAAGUGAAAUACUCCCAACACAAGUUAACAGAGCCGAACAUAAUUCCAUGCAACGCUGGAACAUAAUUCUGUAGUUCGGCCGAAUGAAAUAUCAAACACCAUAACAUAAUUUUUUUUCUAAAUUUGACCCUAAUAACGCUCCAUAAGUUUUCAUGGGGUUGUUAGGAAUAUGCAAGCACCAUGGAAAUUCUUUGGAAACCCUAUGAAUUUGGAAUUAAAAAUUCUUCACUUUUCUUGUACCAAAGACUGUACUACAGUGUAUAGCUUGCAGUACACCACAACUGUAAUACAUACACUAUCACUUAAAUUAUACACUGAAGAACUAACCUAUCUGUGAAACUUCUUGGUCCUGUUGUACAAGCACACACACAUGAAAGACAUGACCAGAAGUCUGGAUUCUCUGAUAGUUUAUUUUGUUUCACCAGCUGUACAUAAAUAUUAUUUUAGGAUUCUAAAAUUGUGAUAAUUCAGUUUACACUUUCUUAAAUAAAAAAAGUUGGUAUGAAAUUUUCUGCAUAAAAUUAAGAUGUUAAUGAUUUUUAGCUCUAUUUUGAUAUCACUGAUUUUCUUGUGGAGACAGAUUCUGCUCCUAUAUUUCUGUUUAUUUAAACUAUUUUGAAGGUAUAUUAUAAAUAAAUUUGAUGUGAAAAAUAUUUGGACGAAAUUAUUGAAAAUAUACUCACUGGUUUGAUGUAUUUUUUUUGUCUAAACUUCAAAUAUCAUUUCCUUCGUCUAAAAUCAUGUGUAAAAUGUUAUGGACAGUUAUUAUGUCUAUUUAUGUAACAGCAUUCAUGUAAAUUUCUUGAUAUGUUUUACACUUGUGAUCAAUACUCUCAAGGUAACUAACAACAAAACAAUUACCAACUUUCUGCACUCUUGCAUGUGUGAAGAUAUAUCUAUGGCUGACUAUGUCAGUGUCUCUCUGUUUUGGCCACCUGAAUGUGCCAUCCUUCUUUCGGUUAUCAUUACUAUUUGCAUCUUCAUCAUCAUUUGGACCAAGAUAGGCUGCUUUAGCAAGUUUGCAUUUCCUUUCAUCAGUUUUGUAGACCAACACUCUUCACUGUUUGCAAAAUAAAGGGAGCACAUCAUCAGUUAUCUAAGAGCCUUUCUUAUGUACGUAGUAAACCUAGAAAUGGAUAACUCGCCAAAACAGGUUCUUUUCAACAUAAAGCCGUCAGAUAUUAAGCGACGCACUGUGGAAGUGAGGUGAGGUAUUUCAGUAUUCAGAAUUUGACUGUAUUUUUUAUUCCUAAGAACGGUCGUAAGUAUUUCCAUACAAACUCUUGUGAUGUUUCGCCAGAUGAUCACAGAAUAAAAAUUUUCAAGUUAAAUCAAUAGUUAGCGUGCGCGCUCCGAUGUUUACGCGUAAUAAGAUGAUCAAGCUUGAACUUACCCCUUCACAUUGUAAUGCAUAUCGAUAACUUCAUCUUGAGGAAACCUCUUUGAAAAAACUUUUCAGACGGUCCAUGGCGUUGAUCUGGAAAAAAAAGAGACUGCUACACAAACACUACGAGAAAUGCAAUUGAAAUGGGACCAUUCCGUUCGAGGUACAAAAAAAAAACCGCCACUUCUUCGUAAAUCACGUGUACUUUCACGUGGUGACCUUAGGUCAUCGCAGCCAUCAUAGGUCAGCGGUCACAUAGUGACCUCACAGGUUAUCGUGUUCGACGUUACGAAAUGACUCCGAAGAGGUUUCGUUGCUGCGUCUGUAAUCUUACAAAAUAAAGCAGCACAAAAAGCUGUUCGGUAUUUGGAAUUUGAAGUAAGUAACAACCGACAGGACAUCAGAGUCCAAGAAAGUCAGAGCUGACAUCGACAGUGAUUCCUGUGAAAGCGACCACGAAUCAACAACGAUGUUGUAGAAGGCGAUCUCAAUGAAUACAUGAAGGUAACGUUUCAUCCCGACUGAGAGGAUGGCCUGACUCUGUUAACCGGCGACUCUAUGAACGAGGUAAAAAUAGCAUUUUUUUCAGGUUACAUUUGCACACUAUUCAAAGUUCCAAAUUGAGGUGACAAAGUGAUUGAUUUUUCAUUGUUUUGUUCCACAUUUCGUGUAGAUGCAAUGUGUACCAUUGCUGUACAACUUAAGCAUCUGUACUCUGCAGGUGCCUUACUGGAAAAGCCCUAGAAGAUUCCUCAGCCGUAAGAAUGUAAGAGAAGGCCUUGAACAGUUUUCCAGAGUCAUGACUAACAAUCAAAGCCAGCAGUGAGGCAGAAAAAAUUCAACAAAGUCGUCCAGACAUGGCGAAGGCAAAAAGGCCCCAAAAAAUCAAAGUGAGGAUCAAACAUCUGGGUCAUUGCCUCCAGCCCCAUGUGUCUCAACAAAGGAGCAAAUUGAAGAUCCAUUGUUUUUAGUCAUUGUUUUGUGAUUUCCUGUACAUUUUACGUUAACAAAGGCCACUUAAGAUGUUUAGGGACAUUUUCAUUUGACAGUUUUCGCUGUACACCAAAAAAUUCCAUCAGUGGAUAAAUUUAUAACAAGUCAGUUCCACGGAUCAUGAAAGUCAGCUCGUUGAUAAAUCAGUGACUGUGAUGAACUCAUUAAUACCACUUUUAAUGGCCUAUGGAUUCAUCAAUGAAAUUCAUGGGCAACAGAUUUCAGGAAAUAUUCAUGGCCCAUUAAUUUUGUUCUCCCAAAACAAAUAAAUUGUUAGCCCAUGAAAUACUGUUUGAUUGCAAUUCAUGGGCAUGAAAUUCAUUCUGAUGACUUUCUGGGGAAACUAAUGGGUCAUGAAAGUAGACUUUGAAGAAAUUCAUGGGUCAUGAAAGUAGGCAUAUAAAGAAAUUCAUGGGUCAUGAAAUUAAUUCUGGUGACUUUCAUGGCAAAUCAAUGGGUCAUAAAAAUUGACUUUGAAGAAAUUCAUGGGUCAUGAAAAAAAUUCCCCUAAUUCAUGGAAAAUUCAUGGCUAAAAAUAACCCCAUGAAAUUUCAUUUUGCAGUAUUCAUGGGCCAUGAAAUGAUCUUCAUGGGUUUUUCACAUGAAAUUCAUGGAAUUUUCAUAAAACUACAGUUCAUAGUGAUAACUUGAUAGUGCACAGCUUAAAGCAUGCACCAAUUGUUUUAUAACAUAGCCGGUGGAAUUGUGCAUCAAAUCUGUUGCAAAAAACAGACAACAAUAUCAGAAGUGAUUGUUCGCAGAGUCUCCUUUUCUGUUGGUUUUCUCUUUUUCUGCCUCAUUUAAGAACUCUAGCCCAAGGGAAAAGGUCGGAAAAUUGUCUUCAUUUUGGGAUUGGUGGCUGAGUCUCUGUUUGUAUCCAUUAUUGUUGCAAAAUAAAUUAUUUUUCCCUGCACUAAUAAUGGCCACUCGCGCCAAAAAAAAAAUUUCUAGCGAAGUGAUUUGCUCACACUAUUAACAUGCACUAUUGGGAUUUUGAACAUGCUUACAUAUACUGAAUUUGAUUGCACGGCUCUGCUAGCUAUGUUAUAAAGAAAAAUAGUCAUAAGGGGAAUUUGAAUUGAUCCAGUACCAAAUUCUCUAAACUAACAUCUUGUGAAUUGUAUGGUGGAUAGUAAGGAGAAUUACUGAUGAGAUCUUGGGAGUGAAAGGGUUAAACUGACCUCCAUUAAGUUGUAGUGGGCAUCUGCUGAAGAAAUUAAAAAAUAAGCCUGAAAAGUUGAUAAUUUAAUUGCAAAGGACUAACACUUGGAAUUUAAUUAUAAUUGAACACAUAAAGUUUAUUAGAAGCAUUGUUUUAAUUUUGCUCAAAAAUUUUAGGUUGCAGAAGAAAGAAUUAGCAAUAUACGUACAGUGAGAGCAUUUGGACAGGAGAUGAAGGAAAUUGAGAGGUGAGUUUCCUUAGAUGAGAAGGUAUAUUCUAAAUAUCCAUGCAAUUGUUACGAGUAACAAAUAGCUUAUAUGUUGUCAUGCAUCUGUUCAGUAUUAGAUCACAGACAAUGUCAAAAAGAGGUAAUGCGGAGCAAAACAGGGGCACACAAGGCAUAGCCAAGUUUGUCACUGAUGUUUGUACCACAUUUGGACACCUUGUAAUGUUUGUGCUGAUUUUUAUUUUCUAUUUUUACCAAAUGUAGAUACACAGACAGUGUUGAAGAUGUUUUCAAGCUGGCAAAGAAAGAGGCACUUGCCAGAGCAGUGUUCUUUGGAUUUGUGAGUUUUCUGGUUGUUGUGUUUUUUAACAAGUGGCAAUUCAUUCAGUUUGACAAGUGAAUAUUUGCUUUUGUUCACCUUCAUGCGACACUGUUUUGUUGUGUUACAGACAGGGCUAUCAGGUAAUGCCAUCAUGCUUUCUGUGUUGUACAGUGGUGGAAUGAUGAUGACAAGUGCUCAGAUCUCUGUUGGAGAUCUUACAUCUUUUCUUCUCUAUGCUGGAUUUGUGGGAAUCUCGUUUGGAGGUAAGUGAAUCAUUCUGAAACUAAAAACUUAAAUUAGAACCAAACUUUAACCUGCUGUUUGUGGCUACUUAUCAUUCAAUGCGUCAUGUUCUCUUAGUCAUGUUGGUGAAAUAUGUAUAAUUUGUCACAAAUUCAAUCGAGAAUUAAACUCUUCUCUAAAAUUUCACUCAUACAAUCAUCUAGUUGACAUCUGACAGAAAAAUGUAUCAAUCACCAUUAAUGGUCAACUCAAUGAUUUUUCAGUUAUUUUUUUAAAAGUUUCCAAUCUCCAUGCUGUAAAUUUGAAGGGGUCUCUAUGUUUUUAAUAUAUAACACUCUCCAGGUUUGAGUCCUAGAAGUUUCCAUGUUACUUAAUUAAAAGUAGUAAGUUAUCAACCCAAAAUCUUACACUGUCAUGCAUUCUCAUGGUACUUAUAAUGACUUUGUGUGGUUGGGUGCAAAUGUAUGAUUGUAUGUGUACAUGUACCACCAAACAGACAGAAAACUGGAUGUAAUGUCAUUGGGCUAGUAAAUGUAUUUAACCAGUACAGGUGUCCCAUCCAAAAGAAUUAAAAAGAAAAGCAAUAUUCUUUUGUUAAUUGAACACAGUAAUUAGAUCCAGGCUGUAUUGGUCAUUUUCACUUUCAAGAAACCUUUCACAUGUUGGGUUGUUUUUUGUUUACUUUUGCAGGUCUGAGCUCAUUUUAUUCAGAAUUGAUGAAGGGAAUUGGUGCCAGUGCGCGUUUGUGGCAGUUGAUUGACAGGAAUCCUACCAUACCCUUGACAGGUUAGAUUUGAUUGUAAAUUUGGAAUUAAUUAACUCAUAGACUGUGAUAGUUCAUAGUUUUAUUCUGUGCAACAAUUAAUGAUUAUAAUAAAAAAAUAGGUACACUGGUUGCUUUGCUUUGAUUUUGAUGUGUUUGAUGAUCAUGUAGCUGUCUAUAGUCAUUGUGACAAUUGACAGGACGGAAAACGAGUGCACUGUAAGUACCUCCUGUUGUCCCAUACAAAGCCUUAGAAAACUUUUCUAAGGCUUUGUAUAGGACAACAGGAGAUACUUACAGUGCACGCAUUUUCCGUCCUGUCAUGUUCAAUUUCACAGAACAACUUAUUCAGACUCUGGUUUGCUUUGAACAACUACAACAGGUUUUUAUCAAGCCAGGCAAUGUUUUUUAGUAAGCAGGAAAUGUGCUUCCUGCUCAUAUUUUAAAAGUGGGCAACCUUGUUGAUGAGUUUUUUAUCUGUUUUAUUUUUUAAUGCAUCAAUAACAUUUUUUUAUUUUUCCAAUAACCUUGCUAUCCAUUUCAUAGGGGGUUUACGUCCAGACAUGCAUGACCUAAAUGAUGGAAUUACAUUUAAGGAUGUUCAUUUUACUUAUCCAUCACGCCCUGACCUGGAAAUAUUCAGAGGACUUAAUCUAGAGGUGCCUGCUGGGUCUAUCACAGCCGUUGUUGGACCAAGUGGAUCUGGGAAGAGUACCCUAGGGUCGUUACUACUUCGUCUAUAUGACCCUGGAAAGGGGCAGGUUAUAGUUGGAGGACAUGAUGUGCGAACCCUGUCACCUGAUUGGCUAAGAGGUGCAGUUGGAACAGUUCAUCAGGUGUUGUACAAUAAGUUUGAGUUUGAUAUGAAAUAUACCAUUCCUCUUCCUGAUCAUCCAUCUUUUUGUACUGCCAGUAUUAUCGCUUUGUAACCUUACAUCCAACCAUGAUAUAAAGGGGGUAAGUUUCUAAAGAAACUGUGGUGCUGCAUUGGUGAGAGAGUAUAACAGGGUAAUUUAGUUGAUGACAGUAGACAACCAUGAUAUAACCUAUUUAGAUAUUCAAAUUUUUGGUAAAAUGUUCUGUUUAUAGACCUCUCAGAGUACUUUUCUAAGUGUUUGUGAGUCCUCUUUUUUUUUUUUUUCAGCCACUAAGAACUUUUUAAGAAUAAUUUAUGUGUAAACCUCCAAGUGAGACUGUAAUUUUAAAUUUGAUGGAUUUCUCUCAAGGAACCUAUUCUGUUCUCAUGUUCAAUUGCGGAUAACAUUGCAUAUGGAGCUAAUACAGGUCAGCAAGUAACUAAUGAUGACAUCCUGGAUGCUGCUGUGCAAGCCAAUGCUUAUGGAUUCAUUAAGAGCUUUCCUAAUGGAUUUGACACUGUUGUUGGAGAAAGGGGACAAAUGCUUUCGGGUCAGCAUCAUAGAUAAUUUUUCACACUUUUAGUCCCAGAGUGAAUUAUUUUAUUACAACUAUCGAUAACUGCAAGCACUGUGAUUGGUCCAAUUACCAGCCUUGAGGGAAGCUCUUAUCAGAGUACAGAUGGCCAAAAUAUAGUUAAAUGCUGUAUUUUUUGCCAAAUCUCACCUUUUAUAUUUCUUACCAAUUUUCCAUAAUGUUUGUGCUUGGGCCCUAAACUGAUGGGGAGUAAACUUGGUCAAGUAGGACCAGAUCAGACUUAAUAAGACUUAGGGUGUAAUUGACAAUCAUUUAUAACAGCUAUGAACUAUAUAUACUAUUAAUAGUAAUUACCAGCACUUAAUGAAAGUAAAUGCAUUGCAGCAAUUAUUACAUUGAAUUCAGAAACUUAGAAUCAACCAAUUGCCACAAACCAUAUGAUUAUUUAGGCCUUUCGCUGAUAUUUUUGUUGUAGGAGGUCAAAGGCAGAGGAUUGCUAUUGCAAGAGCAAUUUUGAAGGUAAUGAAGACCAUCUUUAAAUAGUUUUAAUACUUAAUUGUUGUGUUCAUGAUGUGGUCUUUUAUUUUCAUAUCUGUGAACAAUCUGUUUUUUUGUUUAUUUUAGAAUCCUUCCAUCCUGCUGCUUGAUGAGGCCACAAGGUAUAUGUACUUUAUUGAGUAAUCAGUAAUAACAUCCAAGCCUAUCAUGAAACUUUCAACUUCAUAACUUAAGAGUUUUUUUUUAGUAACAUCAAACCCUUCUCUUUUGAGAAUGACAAAUUUGAUUCCUUCAACUAGCUCUUCAUGUGCCUUGCAACUUUGUUUUUCUUCCUUUGUGCCUUCCAUUGCCCUGUCUCUACUAUCAUAGCAAUUGACACUGAGAUCUCUUUCAGAAGGCUAGUAGACUGUACUUUCAUGAAAUUAUGUGUCACACCACAGCUUUUUCUUUCAUCUUAGUGCCCUGGAUGCAGAGAGUGAACACUUGGUUCAAGAGGCUUUGGAGAGGUUAAUGAAGGGUCGUACAGUCAUAACUAUAGCACAUCGACUGUCAACCAUCAAGAAUGCUGACAAUAUUGUUGUGUUGAGUGAUGGACAAAUCUCUGAGGCUGGAUCCUAUAUGGAAUUGAUGGCUGAGCCAGAUGGUUUGUUUCGAAAGUUGGUUGAGAAGCAGACUAUUGCACUUCAGUGAACUGUAAGAGGCUCUUUUCAGGUUAUUAGCAUUGACUUACAUCAUUUGUGACUUGUAUGGUGAAAAUUUGUGAGAUCUGGAAAGAACCAAAUGAUAAUAAAUGAUGGUGAGAUUGAGUAAAGAUGAGUCAAGCUAAAAACUAAAAGGUAAUUAAGCUUGGGCAUACAAUUAAUGUGUCCAUGGCUGCCCUUAUGCCAUUGGCCACCAAACAGUGGUCUUUUUUCUUGUUCUAAUUGUUUUGCUGGUUUGUGAGUUAAUGCUUCAAGUUACAUCAUUUAUGUAAUGUUGAGGUACAUCUGUUCUGAUUUAUCUGUCAAACAAAAGCUUUUUUAGACUGUUACUUUGUGACUUUCUCCUCUGAGUUGUGAUUUACCCUGUAACUCUCAGAAGUGAUAUUAUUAGCAUGUAACAUCUCCUCUUGAUAUCCAAACACCAUCCUGCAAACAAGUAACAAGAAAACUCAAACCUAUCAGGUAGAAGUUAUCUUGAUCUAGCAUCAAAUUCUCAUAGCUAAUUUACAAGGAAAUGUGCUGUAGCUAGGGGGGAGAAUGAACUGAUAUUGGGAGUUAUUAAGUGGACGGCUUUAGAGCCAGAUUACUUUGUCACCCAACAUGUCAUUUUCCACUGUGGUAUAUUUGUAAAUUUUAGGGUUCAUGUUACUCUUAAAAAAAUGUAGCAGCAAAAAUAUUUAACUAAUUUUUUGUAAAUGAGUAUCAAAUCAAUCAAAAUUGGUGAGUGUAAUAUGCAUUUUUGUAUUAAGUUAAACAUUUUCUCCUGGUAAAAUUAGUUUUGGUACCACUUCGCAUACAAAAAGAAAAUUAUCCUUGGGUUGCAAUUGCAUCUUUGAUAACAUGAUAAUUUACGGAUUUGUAUGGAAAUCAAGAUUCUUAAUAAGAUGUAUUUAACUGAAAACCUUGGUAAAUAAGUCAAUUAUUACUGUAAUAGUUGCUCUGUAGGGCAAUUGGGUGUGAG